CCUCUCUUUAAGUUUUUAUUUCGUUAAACAACAUUACUUUCCUGUGGAGUGGGUUUUACUGGGGUUUUGCUCAUCGUGCCUUUUAACAAUCUAAACAGGAAGUAAAUGUGGUUGUUAACCAGCCUGAUAACCGUCUUCUGCUCAUUGACAACAGAGGAAAGGCAUCUUUAAGCACGUUCCUCCUUCACUUCUCACAGAGAUGAGAGGAGCAGCUAUGAGUCUAACUGCAGCAGCGAGUGGAUUAGUCGUCUUCCUGCUCUCUGUGUCAGUGGUUCAGGGUCAGCGUGUCUGGGGAGUGACUUACUCUUCUACUGAGAUCUGUGCAGUGAAAGGAUCAACAGUGGAGAUAAGAUGCAGCUACACAUACCCAUCUAGAUGGAAACGUGGUGAAAACACAGUACAGAAAACAUUCUGGUUGACUCAAAAGGAAGGUGCUCAACUUGUAGAUCCGAAAACAGACUCAGAGUACGCAGGUCGUGUAGAGAAUCUCUGUGAAAACAACAACUGCACUCUGAGAAUCAGAAACCUGACAGAGAGCGACUCAGCUGAGUUCAGGUUCAGGUUCAAAACAAGCAAAGAUAUAUUCUGGGGUAUUCCAGUAACUUUGUCCGUCACAGAUCUCCAGGUGAAUGUGAGCAGAUCAGGAUUGUCGACUCACCUUCAGUGUCUCAGCAGUUGUCCACCUGGUCAUACUUCCUACAUCUGGUUUAAGAAUGGACAGGAAGUGAAGGAAGAGACAUCUUCUUAUGCAGACUUCCGAUAUGAUCCAGCAGACAGUUCUUCCUGUGCUUUGAAGGGAUAUGAGGACUUCCCCUCUCCUUCAGUGUAUGCUCCAAAGCUCCCCUCUGUGUCAGAGAGUCCCUCUGCUGAGAUAGAGGAGGGCAGUUCAGUGACUCUGACCUGUAGCAGUGAUGCUAACCCAGCAGCUAACUACACCUGGUACAAGACGGAACAAAAUGCAGACCUUUCUUCUGUCAAUGAAGGACCACGUCUUGUCCUCAGCUCCAUCCAAUCUUCUGACUCUGGACAGUAUUACUGCAGAGCUGAUAAUCUGCUUGGGAGUACAAUAUCUGAUCCCUUCUCUAUCGAUGUGAAAUACUCUCCAAAGCCUCCCUCUGUGUCAGUGAGUCCCUCUGCUGAGAUAGAGGAGGGCAGUUCAGUGACUCUCACCUGUAGCAGUGAUGCUAACCCAGCAGCUAACUACACCUGGUACAAGGAGGAUGAAGACUCUCCAAAAGCUUCAGGACAGAUCUUCACCAUCACUGACUUCAGAGCUGAACACAGUGGGAGUUAUUCCUGUGGAGCCCAGAACAAGUUAGGACGUAGUAACUCCACCUUUCAUCUGAUUGUUGUGGCAGGAUCACAGAACCUACUAUCUUUUGUAACAAUCCCUGUUGUUCUCCUGGCUGUCAUUUCUCUCUCUGUCUUCCUGUGGAUCAGAAGAAAGAGGGCUUCUAGAGACUCGUCUGAGCCUGAAGAGAGAGCGGACAACAGGGAAGAGUGUGUACCUGAUCAGCCGGAGCAGCAGGAGGACCUUCAGUAUGCCAGCGUUCACUUCUCCAACAACCGGGCAGACCCUCUUUACUCCAACAUGAGAGCAGCUCAGCCCCUCAGACACACGGAGCAACAGGAAGUCCCGGAGGACGCUGCCGUCAAGUUCAGCAGUGCUGCUCCGAGGACCAGGAGUCAGGACUCUGAAGAGGAUCCAGCUGCAUUGUACAGCACGGUCAACAAAUCCAGAUAAACACAGCAGGCGUUGCAUUUGAAGGAUGAUACUUCAGUUUUUUACAAUCACAUUUCUAUUUACACAGGGUAAUGUGGAUUUUUAAAUAGAUGUCUCAGGGUGGACCUCUCGUAGAAUGAGGCGAUGAGUUUUCAGCCUAGAUUUUAGCCUAAUCUGAAUGGCUCAAAUGUAAAGAUAUUGUUAAAGGGGACCUAUCAUGCAAAAUGCACUUGUGUACGUCUUUUAUGAAUAUGUGUCCCCGGUGUU